UUUUCUUUCACUCCUAGAAGUCUGAUGAAAAUACAUCUCGCAAGCCGCACACGGAGUGAUCGUCGCAGCACUCGAUAAAAAUGGAGGCAGCCAGAACCGUUAAAGACGUUUCCCCCCACGAGUUCGUCAAGGCUUACGCCGCCCAUCUCAAGCGCUCCGGCAAGAUUGAGCUUCCUCCAUGGACUGAUAUUGUCAAGACCGGUAAACUGAAGGAGCUCCCACCCUAUGACCCUGAUUGGUACUAUGUCAGAGCUGCUUCCAUGGCUAGGAAAAUAUACUUGAGGGGAGGUCUUGGUGUUGGUGCCUUUAGGAGGAUCUAUGGAGGAGCUAAGAGAAAUGGAAGUCGCCCACGCCAUUUCUGCAAGAGCAGUGGAUCUGUUGCUCGUCACAUACUUCAGCAAUUGCAGAAUGUCAACAUCAUUGAUAUUGAUCCUAAAGGUGGUAGGAGAAUCACAUCAAACGGCCAACGGGAUCUGGACCAAGUAGCUGGAAGGAUUGCGGUUGCUAUCUAAGAAAUUUCAACUUAUAUGGUUUUCAUGUUCCUGAGAUUUAGUCGUUUGAAAAUUUAGGAAGCUGUUUUAAACAUUUUCCGUUUUGGUAUAUUAAGAUCUGAAUUUAUUUUGAUUUUGAUGUUUAUUGAAAACUGCUGUAUGCUAUAUUUUCUUUCUGCCGCAUGUUUGGUCUUGAUCAUCGUGAGUCCUAUGAGUUGGGUGUUUUACAUAUGGAGAAUCAAGUUUUUGCAUAAAUGGAUCUGGAGGGUUCCAGGAAAAAUGUUUUUAAGAUGUAGGGUUUGGGAUUUUAAAUUUAGAUUUGGAUUUCCAAAUUCUUUGUAUUACUCAAAUUGAGGAUAUUUUGAAUUAAUGGAGCUUUCAUAUUUAGAUCUGAAAA